AGCGCAAACGGAGGGGCGCGGAGGGAACGCGCAAUAGUGGGCUGUGAACGCAAGCGGUGGUUUCGUCAAGCGAAACAGGACCUGAGCGGUGCUUGCAAGGAAGGGAACCUUGUGCGUCUGUCGAGGCCGCGUUCGCGCAGUGGCCGACCUCGCUAAGUGGAGGGGACGCUCAAGGUCGCUGUGACCGCGAGUAGUCGCGCAGAAUCUGACCGCGCCGUGCGGGCAGUGACGACUGGGCCGGCACGUUUCCUGCGCUGUCCCCACCAGCGGCGUGAUGGCGUCGAGCGGAGCAAGCGGAAGCGUCGCUGGCGGGGGCUACGGCGAGACGACCACGGUAGAGUACGGCUUUGGUGCGGUCGCGGAGAAGGCUGGCCUCGAGGUCACGUCGGAGGUGCUUGCCGACGAGCCGGUUCGGCCGCCGCCCCGCGUCCUGGGCCGCGACGAGGCGAACGCCCAGACCAACCACUGCUGCCACUUCUUCCUGACGCUCAUCUCUUGGCUUUUGGUGAUCGUGUUCUUCCCGUUGUCGCUGUGCUUCACCAUCAAGGUGGUGCAGGAGUUCGAGCGAGCCAUCAUCUUCCGGCUGGGGCGGCUCGUGUCCGGCGACGCCCAGGGCCCCGGCCUGUUCUUCAUCCUGCCCUGCAUCGACACGUUCCGCUGCGUGGACCUCCGCGUUGUCUCGUUCGAUGUGGCGCCGCAGGAGAUCUUGACCAAGGACCUGGUGACCGUCUCCGUUGACGCCGUGGUUUACUACCGCAUUUUCGAGCCGACCGUGUCGGUGACGAAUGUGGAGAACUGCGGCACGUCAACACGCCUGUUGGCGGCCACCACCCUGCGCACCGUCCUCGGCCAGUACGCGCUCUCCGACGUCCUCUCGCAGCGCGAGACGAUCGCGCACCUGAUGCAGAGCACCCUGGACGACGCCACUGACCCCUGGGGCGUCAAGGUCGAGCGGGUCGAGGUCAAAGACGUGCGCCUGCCGCAGGAGCUGCAGCGCGCCAUGGCCGCAGAGGCCGAGGCCAGCCGUGAAGCCAAGGCCAAGGUCAUCGCAGCGGAGGGCGAGAUGAAGGCGUCCCGGGCGCUGAAGGACGCCGCUGACGUGAUGGCCGAGAGUCCGAGCGCGCUGCAACUGCGGUACCUGCAGACCCUCAACUCCAUUUCGGCGGAGAAGAAUACCACCAUCAUCUUCCCGGUGCCGGUUGACAUCCUGGGCGGGCUUAUGAAGCGGUCCUGAGCGACGCCGAGGGGCACCGGGUCCGCUCAUGAGGGACGUGGAGGGGCACCGGGUCCGCGAGCGAUGUGACCCGCGGCGCUUCGAGUUGUCGACAGGCGGAGCCGUGAAGGCUGAUGUGGCGUGGUGCUGUGACGGUACCAGACUCCGGGAGGUAACGCAUUGCUUUUUCACAGAUCUGACGAAGCGCGUAAUGCAGUUUUGUGUCAGUGCUUGUACAACCUGACCAUAGGAAAAGGUUUGGUGUGCUAGCACGCAGUCGUUGACGGAUUCUGGAAGCGCUACAAUAAGCGCUAUCAUGAACGCAUGCAUCAGAUCGCUAUUUGACUCGCUAAAAGUGUACUAAGCGCUCCAGGGUUUUAGUGUAAUGCAUCCUAUCUCAAUGUGGUGCGUAAUGCGACCCAGCUGCACCUAACAUGUCGGUGCUUUUGCGUCGAGGCCUUCUCGUGCUCUCGCGUUUCGCGCACUAUUGUGUCUAACCGAUUUAUCUCUCGUUCAACCUGAAGAAAUGUAAAAUGCAUGCGUAACGAGAUGUACGUGUUGCUCAUGAAUCUCAAUAUACGUGAACUUUGUAUGCGCAA